AUGGCAGGUAGACUAGUUAGAUGUUUCGCUCGGGCUCCGUGGCUGGUGGUGGCACUGGCUGUGCUGGCUCUCCCCGCAGAAGCGCUGCUCUGUCCGGAGAUGUGCUCGGGAGCCACGAGGGACGGAAAGAGCUAUCCGUGCCGGUACUACUCGAACAAUUGCGAGAUUCAUCCCACGCCAAACCCCGCACGCAAUGCCACGCGGGAUCUGAAUGUCCUCGUCAUGUUACCGUACACGGGGCCCAUCGGAAACACCGCUACGAUGGCCGAGCCACUCCUCUUGGCUGCCACUCAAGAGAUCGAGGACAGCAGCAUGCUGCCUGGGUAUCGGCUCAAACUCCACAUGGUGGACGAGGCCUGCUCUGGACAGAUAGCAGUCCAUCGAGCCAUUGAGUCCAUGAACACUUUUCCGCAGAAGCAUAUUGUACUCGGCUGUGACUGCUCCGCAUCGAGUCAACCGGUGAAUCAUGCCUUGUACCACUACAAGAUCAUGCAGGUCUCUCCCUUUUCCAUCUCUGUGGACCUCAGCGAUCGUGAUCGCUAUCCAUACUUCAGCCGCAUGGCGCCCUCCUACCGCAUCACUGUCAUGGCAGCUGCGCAGGUGCUCAAAACCUUUCAGGUUCAAAGAGUUGGUUUCGUGCAUGGCACGGCCGCCAUCUUCGUCGGACUCAGGGACCUCUUUCGGGAGGCCGUGCAGCGUGACAAGGAAGAGGGCACCUACACUUGGACGGUGCUCUUUGAAGCAGUCCUGACUGACCUCAGCUCGGCUUCUACAGUCAUGGAUUUGAGGCGCCAGCGCGAUGCCAAAUGGAGUGUGCUGGCUUCGUACGAGGACCAUGGGGCCAUGAUUCUCUGCCAAGCCUACAGGAGCGGCAUGUUUGCGCCAGACUACAAUUGGUUGCUGCUGAACGGCUGGUGGAACCCGAACUUCAUUAAUGCCGCAGCUGGCAGCCCUGCGUGCCCCUGUGCCGCAGAAGAAGUCCUCCAUGCAGCCUGGGGACUCAUAGGAUUUACUUACAGCCCCCUGACGGAAACGAAUGGUGUGCACGGGCUUUCGGGGCGAAGAUUCGCAGACAUCACAAGAGACUACUACGCGGAGACAGCGGCCUUUGGCAAUGGGACGGGGAUCUCCUGGGAAGCCAUGGGCUAUGUUUAUGAUGGGCUUUGGCAAAUCGCAUCAGUUUUCCAUAGCUUCCUCAUUGACCAAAACAGGUCUUACGACGAGCUCAACACCGACUUCUCCCGCGACAAGUUGUACGACAUCACUCUUCAGCAGGACUACAUGGGAAGCACCGGAAGGGUUCGUCUCUUCAACGGUGUAGAUCCCAGAACCACUCCGCCGGCGCCGCCAUCAUUUGGAGACAGAGAAGGCGCCAUCCUUAUGCUACAAGUUGCAAAAACUGCUUUGCAGCCCUUCGAGCGCCUGGGCAUUUGGACCCCGGAAGGAAUUGAAUGGCUUCGAGACGUCACCUGGAGCCCAACGGACAGUAGCAAGAGCAUGAACUGCAGCAGCGGGACUUGCGACAUGUCCACCGCCUUUCUUCCAGCAGAUCGGAGUAGCGAGUGCCCGGCUGGAACCAUUUGGUUCAAUGACCUUGGCUGCGAAGACUGCGCUGUUGGGCGCUUUGCUGCUUUAGGCUCAACCCAGUGUGAUCCUUGCAGCACCGGUUUCUUCAGCAAUGUGAGCGGCCUGGCUGAGUGCUACCCGUGUCCAGCUGGCAGCAUAAGCCAAGAGCGGGCUGCGGCUUCCUGUACUUUGUGCCAGCAAGGUUUCUUCGUGAACCAGUCUGGUAUGUCCAAGUGCUUGAAGUGCAAGGCUGGCUUUUAUGCCGAAGAGAGUGGCCUGACAGAGUGCCGGGAAUGCCCCGCUGGACGGACCACCAACUACGAGGGUGCUUUGGAUGCCGCAGCCUGCACCUGCAAUGGUGAGCUGUGGAAUGGCGAAUGUUUUCGUUGCGGGGAUGGCACUCGCUUUGAGCUGGGUGCAUGUGUCUUAUGCCAAUCUGGGCUUGAAUGCGAGGAGGGAGAGGAGCCGGUGAUUUUGCCAGGUUUCUAUGCCACUUUGUCAGAACCCUAUGACAUUUACAAGUGUCUGCCCUCGGACAAAUGCCCAGGAAAAGUUCCAGGAGCCUGCGCUGGUGGCCGGGUCGGCGUGCCAUGUACGCAGUGCCCUGAAGGGACGUCCCUGAACAACAAGAACCUUUGCGAGCCAUGUGCGGGUGGAAGUUUCGCGGGCUGGGUAGUCGCAGCUAUCGUCGGCAUGUCUUUCCUUGUGGCGAUGUACUACUUGAUCAACUCACCAACAACCACACGGGCGAGCGCGAUGUUGGCCACGACGUGUGUGCUGGGGAUGACUAUCAGCAUGCUCCAAUCUGUCGGAAUCGUUGGAUUGAUCUCCUUCGAGUGGCCACAGGAGUUGGCCUGGGUCUUUGACGCGAUGAACUUCUUUCUCUUGGACAUCGACUCCAUGGGUUUCGACUGCGUGGCCGGCGACCCGACCCGGCGCUACGCGUACAGCGCCGUCGCCUUGCCGGUGGCGCUGCUCUGGCUCCUGACGGCCCAUGCGAUCAGCAGAAAGUGCGCUCCAUUUCGCUUUCAGUUCCAGUGGCCGAAGACCAUCAGCACCAUGGGGCAGGUGGUUCAGGUGGCUUUCACCAUUGCCAGCAAGAUUGCGCUACAGCCCAUGAUGUGCUAUGCUCACCCGAACGGGAAGCACGGCAUGCUCAGUCACAAUGGCAUCUUCUGCUUCGAGAGCCCUGAGCACACCACGAUGUUUGUGAUGGGCGUUUCGUUGCUUUGUGCUCUGAUCGGAUUCUACAGUUUGGCCAUCUGGGGCACGGCGCGCGCCCCCCGGGCCGCCAAAGAGAGCAACGCCACCUUCCUCACGGCCGUCCGGUUUCUGAUCGCCCGCUUCCGCGUCGAUGUGUGGUGGUAUGGAACCGCUCUACUCCCGAGAGGUUUGGCCCUCUCUUUGUCCAUCGUCUUGGCUGCAGAUUAUCCCUUCAUACAGAUGAUCCUCAUCGUGGCGAUCUUGCAAGUCUACCUGGUUGUGCAGCUCAUGACCUGGCCAUGGAAGCUUCCUGCUUUGAACCUCUUUGACUGCGUGAUCAGCGUGUCCCUGGUCAUGAUGAUGGUGUGCAUGGGCGCCUUCACACCCGACCUUCCACCGGAGAUGCUCGAAGUCCUCACAAGCCUCUCCAUCGGCAUCAUGGUGCUGCUGCAAGUGGUGGUCCUGUGCAUGAUCAGCGUGACCACUGCAUCCAUCUACUAUCGCCAUGCUGUGGGAAGUGCCCAGGAGUCGAGGGUCCUGGCGCUGGGCAAGGUCCCAGAUCCCCAAGUCUUGGCCAAGAAGCUCUCCACCUUCGGCAACGUGAUCAAGGACCUCCCAAGCACAGAGAUGGUGAAAGUGCUGGAGAGCCUUUCCAUCUACGACCUGCGGAUGACAAGUGCCGUAAUGACAGCUGUCGGAGCAGAGGCUGGUGAAGCAGAGCUCAUGCUUGCAAACCGUGUCGCGAUGAUGUCGAGGAGCUCCCGCCGAUCUGUGUCUUCUGCCGACCUCGGGCGCAAGGCCUCGCAGACCUCCCAGACCUCCAACCGAGUCAAAGCGACAGAACCACCAAGCCCAACCAAAGCAGAGCACCAAGCAGAGCACACGGAGAGAAGUGAACCAGUGCCCCUUGCCCGCGAUGAUGCGCCAACCCAAACUUUGUGGAUCUGA